AUGGAUGCUAGAGAAAGGAGAAAAUUUAGAAAGACGGUUUUGAAUAGUAGUAGACAGUCAUUGAAAUCUACAUCAUCAAAUGUUGAAGAUAAUAUCUCAAAUUAUGAUAGGCAAUUAGAAUCUUCAUCUCAAAGGAAUAAUAUUCCCUACCAUAAUGAGAAUAUGGAUCCAAACACAUGUCCACAGUUUCAACAUACAAAUUUGGCACAUUCUUCUUCAGAUGUGACUAUCACAAAUCCAUUAUCUGAUAGUCCUAGUGCAAGUGUUCAUGUAAACAAACACUACUGGUUACGUUCUACCGCCAAUUCAUCCAUGCCUUUAUCGACAAUAGACCAAGAUUCUUCUAUGGUUCGGUUAUCAGCAGGGCAUCAUAGAUUACAAAGAAGGAAUAUAAAUGUAGCUGAUAUACAAAUCAUUGAUACUACAUCAGAUGAAGAACCGGACCAUCCAGUAACAGCUACAAACAUAAUUGAAGGAAUAUUUGAAGAGUACUUGGAUYACGGUGAUGAAAGUGUUAUUUGUGAAUGCUGUGAUGCAAAACUAUGGAGAGAUGAAGCUCUUCGAGGGAAAAAAUACGGGAUGAAAACAAGUUACUCCCUUUGUUGUCUUUAUGGCAAAGUUCAGCUUCCAAAAGAGAAAGAGAUGGGUACUUCUUAUGUAAAUUUGUUUUGUUGUGCGGACUCAAAAAACAAAUACUUUAUGAAGAACAUUCGUCGUUAUAAUUCAAUGUUCUCAUUUACAUCAAUGGGUGGGAAAAUUGAUACUUCCAUUAAUAGUGGAAAUGCACCAUACAUAUACAGGCUUAAUGGUCAAAACUACCAUAGGAUGGGUAGUCUUCUACCACCAGAUAGAACAAAACCGAAAUUCUCUCAACUAUACAUAUAUGAUACCGAAAAUGAAGUUUCAAAUAGACACAAUUCAUUUAGUGAAAAAGAAGAAGCCUUUGCAUCAAAUUAUGAUUCCCUUGAUAUUGAGAUUAUUCAAUACUUAAAGAACAUACUAGAUGCAAAAAAUGUGUUGGUGAAGCCUUAUAGAAUUGCAAGAGAUUGUUUUGAAUGCUACCCGGAUGUCAAGCUAAAGUUACGGCUAAUUGGAAAAAGAGAAAAGGAUGGAAGAACAUAUAACCUUCCAACUGCUUCAGAGGUUGCAGCUUUAAUUGUUGAAGAUGAUGGUGGUACAAUUGAAAAAAGAGAUAUCAUUAUACAACAUCAGACAGGUUAUUUACAAGCAAUAAUUGAAUUACAUCCUUCUUACCUUCCUCUUCAAUAUUCGUUGUUAUUUCCAUAUGGAGAAGAUGGUUACAGAGUUGACAUUCCUCAUAGAGAGGUAACAUCUUCAAGCAAAAGUAAAAGAACAACUGUAACAAUGAGGGAGUUCUUCGCCUUCAAAAUUCAAGAUAGAAGAAAUAUGUUUUCAUUACUUCUCAAUGCAAGGAGGCUUCUACAGCAAUUUAUUGUUGAUUGA